AUGAACACGGAGACUUACAAGUUUGUGCGCGUCUCAGAAGGAUCGGUCUGGAACGCGUCUCUCACAGUAAACGUGCUUCUGCCGUUUGCCUCCAACAACACCCUGGUUUUGUGUGGUAUUGUGCGCCACUGCGGCCAUUGCGAAGUUCUUUCGCUCCAGAAUGUGUCCACGGUCAUUCACUCGGAGAGCAUCCUCUUGGGACCCGUCAGCCACGAUAGCGCGUCCAUGGCUAUUCUGGUCACUGAAGCCACAGGUACACACCUUAACAAGUACAUCCUGGCUGCCACUGAGCAGAGCUCCAGGUCAAAGAAAAGUCCGUGCGCUCUAGAAGAAGACGGCCUUCUCCACCUGUUCAACACUGAUGACCGCCAGUCAGGCGGCAUCUUCUCCUACAGCGUGCAAUCUGCGAGUUUGAAUCGCAGGAAUAAGGACAUGGACGUGGGCUUCGUUGAUGUUUUCCAGGCUAAACAUAGUGAGAUAGUAUUGAAGGUCAAUACUCUGAAGUCUCUGCGGGGGGCCACUCUCAGCAGCGGGGCUUCGGGCUCACAGGGGAGGCUCCUGGCUUCCUCUAUGAUCACGGGGAAGAGAGCACUGUGGAGCGGCGUGUUCAGCGUGGAUGAGACGCGCACAAACACUCAGCUACUGUUGUUUGACGUUAGUCCGGAUCUGAGCGUGAAAAAAGACUCGGACCCGCACUUCACAGUCAAAUCCUUGAGUGUGGAGCAGCUGAAGACCGUGAGGCCCCUGAAGAUCCUGCUGAAGCAGAGCCACAUGAACUCUGUGCUGGCGCUCACACACCGCUCAUGGAUGCUGUUCUUUAUCGGGACAGCAGACGGACAACUCAUCAAGCUUGUGGUGGAUAAAAACUACCAGUCUGCUUGUCCCAGGGUUCUGUAUAGAGCCAGUGAUGAUCGACAAGUUUUCCCCAAAUUACAUGUGGACCACAAAGAUCAUGAGCAUAUCUACACAGCAUUUACAACCCAGAUUAUGAGGAUCCCUGUGUCACAAUGCUCAACCUACACUACAAUAUCUGAGUGCUGGUCUGCACACGAUCCACAAUGUGUUUGGUGUGACGCUCCACAAAGGUGCACAUUUGAGAGUGAAUGUCGAAACUCAAGCUGGAUUUCCACUCCUGAAGAAUUUAACCAAGAUAAGAUGGUUUUAUUAAAAGCAGAAAGCAGCACAUCUGAUAAGGUCACCAUUGUCGUGCAAAUACAUGCGAGUGUGGUCCCAAACAAGCCGAACAACUUUGCAUGCCAGUUCUCUCAUCCAUGUGGACCCGGACCUGCUCCGAGUUACCCACAAUGCCUCUGUGUCCUCCAGAACGUCAAAAUACCUGCACAAGCAGGUCUAGAUGUGGUUGUAAGAGUGCGGAUUUGGAAGACUGUAUGGACAGAAACCUUCAAUGUGAGGAAUUGUUCAAAGAUUAGAGGACCAGCGUCUCCAGCACUGUGCAGGCGGUGCAUAGCGGCUGGAUGUGGUUGGAGCUCCGGUAGCUGUUCUUGGGCAAAUGAAAAGUCGAUAAAUAAAAGUAUUUGCCAAAACAUGGAGACACACAUGAAUUAUACGAAGCCAGAGAUCUCCACUGUCUCUCCGAACGUUGUGUCUUUCUACGGCAAAAACCACGCUCUUCUCACGGGCCACAACCUGAGCCACGUGACCCGCAUCCGGAUACAUGCGGAUCUAGACUGCAGUCCACAUGAAUCCCCUGUGUGGAACAACACUGGAGAGACGCUGACCUUCCACAUCCCCAGCACGCAGAACAAGGGCGUGGUCCAGGUCUGUGCUGUUCUCCCAGACGACAGCUGCUACAGUCACGGUGGAUUUGCCUACGGUUCCUCGCCGUCCUGCGUGGACAUAAGGCCGAGCAGCAGCUGGCUCAGUGGAGGAAGAAAUAUCACUCUGGUUGGAUCACACAUGGAUUUCAUUGAUGAAGUAGUCCAUAGUCAUUCUGCAGUGAAAAAUCACUUAGUUUUGGCUACAACUCAGAAUAUAUCAUACACCUCUCCGGCUGCAGAGAAGCUUCUCUCAAGCAUAGUGUUUCUGAAAGUGGCCAAUGAAACCCUGACCUGCUUGAGACCAAUCACAUACCUACCAGACCCUGUGUUCACCAGUUACACCUCCACAAGGACAGGGGGCGAUGCCAGGAUCACCAUACAGAAAAAGGCGGAUAAACUGAACAUAACCCUGGAUGAGAUGUCCGUGUGGGGUGUGCAAAAAAAUUUGCUACAUCCCUGUAUCAUGGAAACCAAAGAGUCCAAUGAUGAGAUCGACUUUUACACCUGUGAGAUCAGGGACACGCCCAACGCAGAAUUUGAACAUCUGAAGAUCCAGUUUGGGGCCAAGACAGUCAUAUUGAAUCCCAAGUCAUCAUAUCUAAUGCUGAUUUUGCUGGUGCUACUGCUAAUACCCUUCAUUGUUAUUGUUGUGCUAAUCGCAUACAAGAAAAAGCAGACCCAGUUGACUACUUGGGUGAACACUUUAAUCGGAAACCUGGAGAUGGAAAUCAGGAAUGACAUCAGACAAGGUUUCAUUGAAUUACAGACUGAAAAUGAUGAUCUUUUGGAAAAUGUUAGCACAAUUCCAUUCCUGGACUACAAGCAUUUUGCCUCCAGAAUAUUUUUCCCAGAGAAUGAAGUGCUGAUGAAGUCUUGUGUUAACGAUAUUGGUCAGGAUGGCAUUCGAGUUCAACUUGAUGAGUGCUAUCAGGAUCUGUCCAAACUGAUACGGGAUCCGUUCUUCCUCAAGUAUGUGGUUCACACAUUGGAGGAACAAAAGAGCUUCUCCAUCAAAGACAAGUGCGUGGUGGCCUCGCUGCUGACCGUGGCUCUCCACAGUGACCUGAGUUACCUGACCCAGGUCAUGGAGCUGUUACUGCACGACCUGAUGCUGCAGAGCACUCAGGCUCAGCCCAAGCUCCUGCUGAGACGAACAGAGUCCAUUGUGGAGAAACUGCUCACAAACUGGAUGUCCAUUUGUCUCUACGGAUUCCUCAGGGAGGGCGUGGGCCAGCAGCUGUUCCUCUUGGUCAGUGCCCUCUCCCAGCAGAUCUCCAAAGGCCCUGUGGACUGUGUGACUGAGAAGGCCCUGUACACUCUGAGUGAGGACUGGCUCCUGUGGCAGGCCCAGGACUUCCAACCGCUGAGGCUGAAGGUGCUGUUUGCAGUGGGCAGUGACGGUGAGACGUCUGAGCCUCUGGAUGUGUCUGCUCUCACCUGUGACACUGUGGACCAGGUCAAAGGCAAGAUCCUCUCCACUUUCAGGAACAAGUUUGGCUUCCCAUACAGCACCCCCAGCCAAGAGCUAUGCGUCGAAUACGUGAGAGGAAGCGCAUCUCUUGGUCUGGAGGAGGUGGAUCUGAGCUCAGAGAGACUGGGAGACGUGACCAUGCUCAACACCAUGAAGCACUACAAGAUCCCAGAUGGAGCCACCAUCAAAGUGCUUUCAAGAAAAAACAAUGCUCUCAAAACUCAAGGAAGUGUCAAAGAUGACCAGGACUUCUCAGGAAAAUACUUUCACUUGAUUGAUCCUGAUAUAGUGGAAGAUUUGAAAAACCCAGAGAAGAAGAAGCUGAAGUUGAAAGAAGUUCACCUUACAAAACUGCUGUCCACAAAAGUGGCGGUGCAUUCGUUCGUGGAGAAGCUAUUCAGGUGCAUCUGGGGACUGCAGAACAACAGAGCUCCACUGGCCGUGAAACACUUCUUUGACUUUCUGGACGCUCAGGCCGAGGACAUGAAGAUCACCGACCCAGAUGUUCUGCACAUCUGGAAGACUAACAGCCUGCCUCUGCGCUUCUGGGUGAACAUCCUGAAGAAUCCUCAGUUCGUCUUCGACCUGGAGAAGAGACCUCCUCUGGACGGCUGCCUCUCGGUCAUCGCUCAGGCCUUCAUAGACUCCUUCUCACUCAGCGACAUGCAGCUCGGGAAAUACACGCCUAUCAAUAAGCUCCUGUACGCCAAAGAAAUCCCCAAAUACAAACAGGAAGUGAAGAGCUACUACAAACAGAUCCAGGACCAGCCUUCAAUCCCAGACUCAGAGUUCAGGACAUUUCUACAGAAAGAAUCAAAGAAACAUGAGAACGAGUUUAACGAAACGGCAGCACUGAAGGAGCUCUACAAAUACAUCCAGAAAUAUCUUCCAAAGAUCCAAGAAAAACUAGAGGACAAUGGCGCCUCCCCAGAGCUGAAGGAACAACUACAUGAUAUUAAUAAGUUAUUUGAUGAACUUAAAAGCUGCUCCUGGGACUAG